AGAUGAGCAAUGAGCCAGAUAUCUCACCGGAUGUAUACAUGUGAAGCAUCCUGUUGGCGUUUCAACUCACUACCAAAUAUGAUGAGCGGAAGCCCAGUGGCCGGCAGUGGGAGAAGAUGGAGCGAGAUGGAUUUUGGCCAAGAUUCUGCAAAUUUUCUCAUCGAUGAAACAUUUGAUCUGCAUAUAGUUUUCUGUUUCCAAAACUAAAAUUGGUAACAAACAGAGUAGUCUGCGUUUCGUAUAAUGUACCCUUUGCCAAAGUUUCUAAAAAUUGCGACGUAUAAAGGAGUGCAAGGGCGGGGUGAGUUACUGCACCCGCACACUUCAGAGUAGGCGUUCCCUAACGAAAAUAUGCAAAUAAAUUAUAAAACGCGUCAAUAGGAUCUCACUAGCUUGUGCUUGGCUCUGCCCACCUCCGUGCUUGUGCUGCAGACUGAUUAAUUUGUUCCAUUGGAAACGACAGGCUCUGGUCAAUCUUGGGUUAGUUCUAAAAAUCUUUCGUCCUACCUUCAGUUAUCACGGAAAAUCGUAUGAAUGCAAACAACAGUUGUACGGAUGAUUCUCGUUUUUACAUCACAAGCAAUUCAUAUGUAUCUUCUUUUCAAAUGUCUGGGAUAUCCUAUUCAUGACGUUUGCGCUUUGUAGUUUGUAGACUGUCCGCAAAUUUGUACAUUCCGAGGAGGCUCUUCUUGACACUUCAUAUAGAGCUUGACAUUGUCAAAACAGAACGUUUCACUUGGAAGAGGUUGAGUUGCAUCAGUGGCACCAGUGUUAGUGUAGAAAAUGUCUGACUCUAUUAUUUUAGCACUGAUAGUGUUUCUCAUCUUGUGUUUGAUUGUAACGGUGGUUGCAGCUGUUGUGUACUCUGGGCUGUUCACUGAGGUCAAUAUCAAGACAGGGUCGCCUUAUAUCAAAAACGUUACUAUUGCCUACAAACUCCAUAAAGGACCUUAUAAAGAUUGUGGUGCAGCCUUCACAGAGACUGUCUGUAUUGGGCCAAAGCUCAAUACCAUCCGUGUGUCCUACGAUGACUCCACAGAGGUGCCCGAUGACCAGUGUCGCUACAUCAUUGGCAGUAUCCUGAGCGAGGGAGAUGAGAAGCCUGACGAAGAGCUCCAGAAGCUGUAUGAGAAGUUUGGCUUCAAUGUGCUGUCCUUCCCCGAGGUGUCCCUGGCUGUGACCACCACCUUCCCCUCAACCACCCCCCUGUCCCACUGGCUGGCACCCUACAGAGUCUACCCCGAACUCCGCAACUACAUCAUGGAGAGGCAACUCCAUGCCUGGCCAUUCAUUGAGAUCAAUACAGGGGACCUAACGCAUUACAUUGCUCCGCUGUCCUCCCAGAGCGGCUUCCACCACACUGGCUUCGUUGUGCCCGAGCUCGUCACACAGACAGCGGCCAAGACACCGGUGACAGAGGAGUCCUUGGAUCAGGACAGAGCGACGGAUAUUUCAGGUGCAGAGUCCCACAGUGAUAUCAGCAGCAAGCUGAGCAGCCAGGCGCAGUCAAAGAGCACAGAGACGUCUCUGGCCCCGUCCUCCGCCUCCUCUCUGCCGCACAGGGACCAGGGGGACGAGGUCGAACAGGGGCAGGGUGGAGAGCACAGGGAGUCAAGUGAAAAGGGGCACGGGGACAGGGGCUCCAGCGAGUCAGUGGGCAGCGGCUCCUCCUUUGAGGAACUGGACUUGGUGGAAGAGAUGGUGGAGGAGCUGGAGAUAGAGUUGGGGAGGGAGGAGGAAGGCCCCACAGUGAAGGAAGAAGCCAGGGAAGCCCCAGUAGAGGCUGUAGCUGAGGAGAGGGAGCCCGUAGGGGAUGGAGAGGAGUAGAAGAGGAUGGAUGGAGCAAACUCCUCGGGUUUAAUCCUUUUAAGGUGGGAGCGAUAUUUCUUCAGCUAAUCUUGUCUUUUAUGUCAACUUGUUGGUGGAUCUGUAGCCAUACUAUUUAUCAUGACAGACAUGCCAUCUAUUUCUGGACCUUUUGAACUUUCCUGUAUGUUAAACUGUAAUGUCUGUGAGAGUUAAUGACAAAACAAAGAUUGGUUGAUCAACAUUAAACAGAACUGUUGUAGGACAUGAUAGAUUCACCAGUAGAAAGUGAUACACUCUUUGAGUGGACAAAAAUAUUGUUGCAAUAUACUUGUGGGACUUAUGAAUGUCAAUAUUUCUUUUGAUUGAAGUAUUUAUAUUAGUAACAUUGUGUCCAAUAUGUUUAAUCAUCUCCCAUCAUAGUAGGCACACAUUUUAUGUAAGAUCAUUUGUUUAUAUAUAUAUAUAUAAUUGAAUAUACUGUAUAUAAUCGAAUACAGUAUAGUUUAAGACAGUGGUCACCAACCGGUCGAUCGAUGCAUUCCUAGUCGAUCACCUAACUGAAAAGCCAACGAUAAAGGCUAUGACAUAGGCUGCCUCUCCUUUUUUAUUAUUUGUGUUGUGCUGUUGGUGGUACUGUAGGUGCACUUGAUUCAGAAGCCCUGUGCACCGGGGAGGAGAAGUGUUCCCAUUUUUAACCAUUAUAUUUGUCUGAAAAGACUAACUCCGCCUACCCUGUGGACCGUGGGAUCUGUGGCUAAAUCAAGUGUGCCUACUGACUGACCAAUCGGAUAGCUCAAAUCAUGUGCAUACAGCUUCCAGGACCCCGGCCACAGUAAAGUUUUAUACUAGCCUAUAUGAGAUUUCAUAUAAUUUAAAACAAUGACCAUAGAGAGACUGUCAAAUAAUAAAGCAAAUAGCUGAUGCUUUUAUGAGUGAGUUCAUGUCCAUGUUUGUAUUCAGCACUGUCAACACUGUUUUUAUUCAACGCUAUUACAAAACAUAAAACACGCUUCUCCCUGCUUCCAUUCUCAAUGCAGCUGAAUGAGUGAAUGAAUGAGUAGCCAAGUGUAUCAAUAGCUCUGUGUUUUUAUUAUUAUUUGCAUCUCAUCAUGUCUAUUUUAAUAUCAAGGAAUAUUUAACUUUCUUUGGUCAUAGGAACAACAUGAGUUUGUGCAUGAGGCAGAUGCAGUGUGACUCGACUUUUGCCAUCAGGCGGAAGAUGUUUUCCCGUUUCCCGAUUUCAUGUAAUGGACAUAUACAAAAUAUUCCAAAUUGGUGAAAUUAAAUGAAAAAAAUAACUUGUUAAAAAAGAAGAAGAAAAAAAAGAUAAGUGGUGCGUGCAUAUGUAUUCACCCCCUUUGCUAUGAAGCCCCUAAAUAAGAUCUGGUGCGUGCAUAUGUAUUCACCCCCUUUGCUAUGAAGCCCCUAAAUAAGAUCUGGUGCAACCAAUUACCUUCAGAAGUCACAUAAUUAGUUAGACUGCACACAGGUGGACUUUAUUUAAGUAUCACAUGAUCUGUCACAUAAUCUCAGUAUAUAUACAACUGUUCUGAAAGGCCCCAGAGUCUGCAACACCACUAAGCAAGGUGCACCACCAAGCAAGCGGCGCCACGAAGACCACGUAGCUCUCCAAACAGGUCAGGGACAAAGUUGUGGAGAAGUACAGAUCAGGGUUGGGUUAUAAAAAAAAAUAUCCGAAACUUUGAACAUCCCACAGAGCACUAUUAAACCCAUUAUUAAAAAAUGGAAAGAAUAUGGCACCACAACAAACCUGCCAAGAGAGGGCCGCCCACCAAAACUCACGGACCAGGCAAGGAGGGCUUUAAUGAGGGAGGCAACAAAGAGACCAAAAAUAACCCUGUAGGAGCUGCAAAGCUCCACAUCGGAGAUGGGAGUAUAUGUCCACUGUAAGCCGUGCACUCCACAGAGCCGGGCUUAAUGGAAGAGUGGCCAGAAAAAAAGCCAUUGCUUAAAGAAGAAAAAAAAGAAAACACGUUGGUGUUCGCCAAAAGGCAUGUGGGAGACUCCCCAAACAUAUGGAAGAAGGUACUCUGGUCAGAUGAGACUAAAAUGUAGCUUUUUAGCCAUCAAGGAAAACGCUAUGUCUGGCACAAACCAACACCUCGCAUCACCCCGAGAACACCAUCCCCAAAAUGAAGCAUGGUGGUGGCAGCAUCAUGCUGUGGGGAUGUUUUUCAUCGGCAGGGACUGGGAAACUGGUCAGAAUUGAAGGAAUGAUGGAUGGCGCUAAAUACAGGGAAAUUCUUGAGGGAAACCUGUUUCACUCUUCCAGAGAUUUGAGACUGGGAUGGAGGUUCACCUUCCAGCAGGACAAUGACCCUAAGCCUACUGCUAAAGCAAUAUCCGAGUGGUUUAAGGGGAAACAUUUAAAUGUCUUGGAUGGGUAGUUAUGCACACUCAUGUUUUCUGGUUUCUUAUCUUAUUUCUUGUUUUUUUAUUUCUUGUAUUUUGCAUCUUCAAAGUAGUAGGCAUGUUGUGUAAAUCAAAUGAUACAAACCCCCCCAAAAAUCUAUUUUAAUUCCAGGUUGUAAGGCAACAAAAUAGAAAAAAUGCCAAGGGGGGUGAAUACUUUCGCAAGCCACUAUAUGGUCUGAGAAGAACGAUAUUGGCAGUUCACUGUAUUAGGCCUACUGCACAACCUCAUUCCUACAGAACUGUUUUUAUUAGGUUAAGGUUACAUUUUUUAAGUCAUGUUUAAAAAGCAAUCUGAGCGGUAGAUUGCUGCAUGCUUUUUGACUGCGAAAGUGAUCUUGACUCAAAGGUUGGUGACCACUGGAUUAAGUUGAACAACCAUUAUAUGAAAGAAUUGUAUGCAUUUAGUUGUGAAGGAUUUGUAAUUUUAUCAACCUACAUAUCAUAACAAUUGAGAUGCUACCUACUUGCUUUGGUUACAAUAUUUUCUGAAUACUCUUAUGAUGACUUUUCACAUAACGUAGUGACCAGAAAAAUCCAGAGCAAGUAUUGUACAAUAGGGUAUCUAAAGCAAUAUCUGCCUUAUUCAUGUUGACAUGAAUAACAGCCUAACAAGGUUAUUUUGCUGUUGCCCUCAAUUUGAAAUGGGUUUAAAAGUCUGGGAAAGCAAGGCUUAAACGGAGUGUUGAAGACAAUCCAUAGAACUGUAAGAGGGGCUUUAGGUGAAAGUCAGUUCAGACUCAAAGUCAUCAAGGGCUAGGAUUUACAAUGCAACUAUGAGAUGGCAACAGUCUUAAACAGUAUUUGUAUUCAUCUGUAAGAUUUAUAGUUUAAGCAUAUAGCCAAUCAAUAGAACAUAUUUGAAGUCUUCACCUUUCAGAUGAUCUGUUCUAUUCCUUUGGCCUAGGUGUUUCCGGUGUAGAAACUUGUUCAACUACUCUGGUCUGUCAUGUGUACCAAUAUAUUCUUUACUUUUCGACUUGAAUCAGGGAUAUACUGAGUUCUUCCCUUAUUUUAGAUAUAACAACUUCCUUUAUAGCAUGAUAAUCCUAUGAUCUAGACAUUGGGCACACUCCAUUUGCUGUUGUCACAUGUUAUUCUGUUUGGUCUCUCGUCUUGGGAUUUGAGUGAUGGAGAUAAUGUACAAUGCCAUGGGUGUUUUUCUGUCUGCAAUAAAAGAUCAUAUGCAAUUUUCUUUUUUUCUGUAUCUAUACAGACAAUCAAUACUGUAUGCAUGUUAUGUUUGUAUACCUUUAGUAUUCAGACAGUGAAAUGAUAUUCUUCUAUUGCUCACGCUACAGCUCUGAAAACUCAUCCUCUGUGUCAUGGUUCCACCUGUCAUCAGAAGGCGGCAGAGAGACCACCCUAGAGACAAUUAUGACACUCAGGUGUGUUCCAUUACUCAUUAUGAUUUUCACUUUAAAAGAGGUGUGUUUUCUAUUUCUCUUUGCAGAAGCUUGAAUUGUUUACCGUGUGUGUUUGUUUCCUGAGUGAGUUUGAGACUUAGUGGUUGUUGUUUUUUCAAGUGUACUGUGAUCCUGCGCCUACUGUUUCUAGUAAAGUAUUAUGUUUAUCCUUAA